AUGGUGGACAAUUCUGGUAGCAGCAAGGCACAAAUGGUGAGUUGUUUCCCCCUGUUUGGCGCUGUGCCCUGGCUGGGUCGCGGUUGUGUCAUAGCCUAGGGAGCGAGGUAGCGAACAUUUUAUUUGCAGAGCAAUAUAGGCUAAAAGCACGAGACUAUCAAAAGUAACGCUUUUUUAAUAUGUAUUAUUGAAAUCCUCAUUACUAUUUAGUUUGUGAUAGUUUAGCGUACGUCAUUGCCAUUUUUUGUGUUUUAAUUACAGUUGUAAAUCCGACUGCAAAUAAAUAAUGAAUCGUGCAUAACCAAAUAAAAUUGAUGAAAUGGAUGCAUAUUUUCGUGCACUGUAAUCAGCGACCCUAAUAUGAUUUAGAUAUAUACUUUUUUUUUCCUCUAUUGGUAGCCUACAAACUAGCCAGCUAUGAUACUAUACACUGUUUACUCAUUCAUGUACGUUUUCUGGAGCCUCGCCAUAUGCAUCCGGAAGGCUAAUUUAGACUGACUGCGCGAGUAGGAGAGAAGAGGCUGUAGGCCUAUGUGUUUUGGAUACAAUUAUAUUCGAACAUUAACCAUAUCAAUCAUCUAAUUUUGAAUGUAGGAUACAUCUGGGUUGAUUCGCGUUUCCUAUUGAAGCUAAAUUGUAACUUUUUGAUGAGAAACAUAACUGUACGAGGCUACAUGGUUGACAAUUGUUUCAAAGUUGUUAACCGAAGUUUCUGUCAAAAUCGAAUGUUGUUUACAUUGUUUUGGCUCAUGCUUAAAGUGGUGCAUAUCUAUUUCAAUUCAGUGUUAUGCAUGAACUCGAAUACAUUUUUUUCAAAUAAGAAGCAUAAAUGCAAUAUGCUGUAGAUAUAUAUACAGGACAAAACAGGGUCCUGUAACUUAUGUAUUAUGUGCAGCUAUGCUGAACUAAAUAUAAUUUGCCUAUCACUACACUUAUGUACAAAUAUAUCCAUUUACAUACAUUUACAUUUUAGUCAUUUAGCAGACGCUCUUAUCCAGAGCGACUUACAGUUAGCACAUACAUUAUUUUUAUCGAACCCACAACCCUGGCGUUGCAAACGCCAUGCUCUACCAACUGAGCUACAUCCCCUGCCGGCCAUUCCCUCCCCUACCCUGGACGACGCUGGGCCAAUUGUGCGCUGCCCCAUGGGUCUCCCGGUCGCGGCCGGCUACGACGUGUAACACUAGAUAUUGCAUACCAUACAAUCUUUUCCAUGCAGUCUAUUUUUUUGUAUAUUUUUUUGUUUAUCAACGAUAUUUUGCCUGUUCUCCCCUUUCCUCAAUACCAAUUAGCCUUUCCCUCAUCUAUUGUGCUCAUGUUGGAACUUACCCAUGUUAUCUUCAUGAAGGGGAUGGUUUGUUGUAGUCUAUUGUACUAAGUCUGGCGGUGACAGAUAGGACUUCCCUGUUUUUUAUGUCUAAAUAGUCCACUUUGUGUUAUGCAUGUUUUUAUUAGAACCUGUAAAGCCAGACAUCCAGUGGUAAUUUGAGUUGUUUGUUUAUGGUUGGCUAUUGAUGUCUUUCUCACUUCCUCCCCCAGCCCAGUAUGUCACAGGAGAGUGGUCUGGGGGGUGUCUAUCCUCAGGGAGGCACGGCAGGAGGAAUGAAGCUGGAGGCCGUCAUGGAGCAGCUGCAGCGCCAGCAGCAGGCCAGGCUGGAGAUGGAGCGCAAGGAGAGGAGGCUCCGCGAGGCCCACAUCAUGUACGCCCAGCAGGUAGCAGCGCAGCAGGCCAUCCUGGCUGCGGCCCGGGCCUCUGGAGCUGGCUUCAUGGGCAAGGCCCUGGGGGUGGAGGUGCAGGGAUACCAAGAGGAGGCCCGCUGUCCCGGGUCUUCAACCAGAGCAGUGUGGACUCGGAGAGGGAGGACGAGGACAGAGGCCGGGAUUCAGGGGAUGAAGAUGACGAUGAGGAGAUGAUGGAUGGAGAUGAGGGGAGCGAGGAGGAAGAGGGAGGGGCUAGUGGUCUUGAGUACCUCCGCAAGCAGACACUGGCUCUACAACAGGGUGCCUCCCGCCUCCCAGCGCAUCCAUUUGGCAGUUACUCUACCUCGGGCCCCCAGCAGGCCCCAUUGCCACCCGUCAGGGUGAAGCAGGAGCCUGACGAGAGCCGCUCUCCUGCAGGGCCCCACUCUGCCACCUCCCCCAACGGGCAGGCCGAAUGGAAUAGCUUUGACGAUCAAUUCAAACAGGUAAGGCCACCUUGGCUUACUGCCAAUCUACUCUCUCCUUAUUACUGUAUGUCAGUUCUCCUUUCUUAGCUAUAUUCUCAAAAUCCUAUCCCCAGUUGAAUUUUAUGUCUGCCCUUGACAUGAAAGAGUAGACUUGUCCACAUGAAGAAAUAUUGCCACAUUUCUCUGAAUAUUUAUCUUCAGCAGCUAAUCUGGCAUCAAAGUUGUACUAUCUCUUCCCCAAACACUGUGAGUCAACACAAAGCUGUGUAAUGAAAACACAAAUGUCCCCUUGGUAAGUAAGCGUCAUAUAGGAGGAAAGCCUUUCGCUAUUUUCCUGUCUCCUGUUGUGUGUUUUGUCUGAUUGUUCCGCUCGCCCCUGCUGUGAGCGGGUGGGUUAAUCUUGGCUUCGACACAGACCUCUCAGCCAGUAUCUUUGUGAGACACUUACAAUCACUGGGGAGGGCUGAGCCGCUCUUUAGCUUUUGUGGCCAAAUAUCCUAGAAGUGUGUGCUGGCAGAGGGCCAGGCACGUGUGUUGCUCGCUCUCACUCACUCUGCGCUCUCUCACGCUCAGUGAUUUCUCUCCUGGCAGACAUGCAGCACACGGGGUGGGAAGGUAGAUGUUUACUACAGCACAGUAGUGGUGUAUCCAUCUGAGUGGUUUCUGCACUGUGCCAAGUGUACUUUUUAAUUGAAGGUAAAUGUUUCCUCACCGCUGUGUUACGGCUCGACAGAAUGCUGAGUGGAAGCCAAGCUAUCCUUCAAUGUUGAGACGGCGCUAGGGAAGUAUCAUGUGUUGUGUAACAGCCCACCAGUGGUUGAUAUAAAAAGCCAUGUUGCAGUGGAGUUGACAAAUGUAGGAGGCAGAAAAGAUCUGUUGCUGUGACUGACCGUUGCGUGUGCUGCACUAUCAUUUUCCAAGGUUGUCAUUACUGUCUAUUUAAAGGGGAAAUGGCUUUGGGACUGUCACUCUGUCUAUUUCCACAUGUAGCUCCACAGGGGUGAUGGUGGAAGGGGAAGUAAAUAAAUGAUAGCAGAAUGAGCCCUGGAUUAGAGGCAGGCAGGCAGCAGCAGUGCUGUGGUUAGAGUAGGCUAUAGUUAUCACAGAGAACAGACAGACAUGAGAGAGGGUGGAGUAGACCUCUAGCUACCAAAUUACUAGAGCACAGUGGAAACAACCUGAUUUUGAAAUGAAGUUUGACCACAUUGUUAUGUGACUGUGAACAAAAACUGCAUCAUUGGUGGCGAUAGGUUAGAGGUAGUUGACAUGUCUCUGUUUAGGCCUGCUGUCAGACAGCCACCAGUGAUCAGAGCAGAAGAGGUGUCGCAGAGCCCUGGCCUGGCUAUCUGUGGCGUGGUUCUUUUAUUAGGAGAGGGGGUUGAGCCUGGGGGGUGGGGGAGGCAUUGUCAAACGAGAAUUGGUCUGCGCUUGUUUUGUGUCCUCUCUUUUAUCUUUCCUGUCAUUAUGUCAGCUCUGCAGUAUUUAAUGAUGGCUCAUCUCUUGUGGCAGUUUCAGGUUGCACUGCUGAAGGGGGAGCGGGACAGUGGAGGCAGGGGGACUUUUAUGAUGGUAUUGGCUUCAAGAGGCUGGAGAGAAGCCCCAGCAAAUGCCACUAAUACCAUUCUCCGCGGGGAGUGUGUUAAUAGUAUUUUCGAAAGCAAUGGCAGACACUAUAACCUGGGUGUCACAAUAGUGAAAGUAGCCUAUUAUAUAAAGUUAUAUUAAGAAGGGUAUAAAAACCAAAUGGAACAACCUACCACUGAUUUGAUAUUAUGCAAUUAUUCAAUUGGCCAAGAAUGUCCUCUAUGACAGUGUUUCCCAACUCCAGUCCUCCAGUACCCCCAACAGUAUACUUUUUUUUUAUAGGUCCGGACAAGCACACCUGAUUCAACUUGUCAAUUAAUCAUCAAGCCCUCAAUGAGUUGAAUCAGGUCAGUUUGUCUGCGGCUACAACAAAAAUGUGUGCCGUUGGGAAACACUGCUCUACGACAGCACUCCCUGUGUGUUUCUGUGUGUCAAAGGAGCGUGGUGUUAAGAUAGGGGGUGGAGAGAGUUUCUGUGUUUUCUGUCAUUGAUGCAUGUGUUGUGACCUUGCCCCUGCCCUAAACAGCAGAGUAAAUAAUUGCCAAACAAGAGGAUGGACAAAGGCAUUGCGUGGAGUGUCGACCGGAGUGUUAUUGGGCCUGGGCAGACUUCUCUCUCUCUUUGGUCUGGGCUCUGCUGUAGGCCCACUAAUUGACCUCUCGUAUCCUUCCCCUCUCCUCGUGGUAAUCUCCCAGUGAUUAAUAGAGUAAUAAUCACGCCUGUGGACCAUGCCCUGGGUGUGUGUGUGCGCCUGGCCCCCGAUGGUGUCAGGCAGUGAUAGCUAACUCCCUUCCUAGCAGUUACAUACUGGAGGGGUUGAGCUGAGCAUUCUCUAAUGAUAAUGCAGGUGGUAGUGGUAGACUAGAGGUGGUUUUGGUUUCGCUGGUUUAUCUGCUGUUUCAUCAUGUUUACGUCUUUGAUUUCAUUCAUUCUGCUUGUCAAGGGAGACCUAACCAACAAUAUGGAGACUGUAACAAGGGCUUCAUUUGCAUUGUAGUGAUGAGAGACUGAGGGAGUCAGGGAGAGCUAAGCUGGGUCUAGGAGGGAGGAUAAGCCUCUCUCUCAUCGCAUCAUUAAACUCCAAGCCCUGCUGGUUUCUACUCCUGGCUGCUGCUAGCUACUGGCCAGGCAUCAAUACAUGUUUGUUGAAUGCAUGCUGUUGCAUAAUUCAGCUGUCGCCCCAGCAACACGUCAGUCAGGAAAUGGGGAGCUGACUGCACAGCUGCAGCUGCCUGCGAUGCGAUCGAUGGAGGUUGUGUGAGCUGCUUUUUUGUGUGAGCUGCUUUUAGAGCCAUUUGCUGGGGCUUCUCUCGUGUGAGCUGCUUUUAGAGCAGGGAGGAGGGAGUGAAUGUUUGGCCUCAUUUAUGGCUCAUGUAUGAUGAAUGAGGACAUAUUUAGCAGAUGUAUUCAACUAUGCAUUUUGACAAUGAAAUGUGGAACAAAUGCAGCCUGAUGCAUCUGCCCGGCAGAGUGCUGGGAAGGCCACUGGAAAUGUGUGAGAAAUGGUUUCUUUGCACCGUGACAUGGCUUCAGAUCUCAGAGAUAGAGGCUGUGGUUGGAAUCAUGGGGCCUCUCUCCCUCCUUGCCUAGUCUGUGAUACAGUACAGGUGUACGACAUCAGUAUGACCUGGUUAAAGGCUUCACAUUGUUGCCUUGUUUGUAUUCAUUUUCCAAUGCCACUUACUACCUGUUGUUUUUCAAUAAUGUUGUAUACCUUGUUCAGUUUGAACUCCCCCAUCUCAUUUGUUUAGCAAACCAACAUCCUGCUUGUGUUCUCCUAUCGCUAUGGCAAUGUCAUUCAGGCAUUCUGGAUGGACAGCUACUACUAG